AAGAACACUAUUUCAUUUUUCUAAUAUUCAAAUAUACACGUAAACAAACACGCUUUAUGCUAAUUUAUUUUUUAUGUUAAAUAGUUCGCUUGAGGCUUCUUGCAUUUCUAAUAUCUUUUUAUUUCGUUUCAAUUUUUUAUACUAUAUAAACAUGUAAUAAUCAAAAUAGGAAAAAACCACUAAUCAUAUAUUUGUAGUUUUUCAUUUAGAUCUAUCAAAUCCUUUUAGAUAUAGCCUCUCUCUCACACACACACACACACACAUACACGCACACAUAUUUAAAUAUACGUACAUAGAUAAGUAUGCGCUAGAAUGGUUCUUCUUUAAUGCAAACUAUUUGACCUUGUCGAACUUUGCGUCAUAACUCUUGUCGUUUGCCAAAUCUAGUUUUUGAAUCUGUAACUUAAUUCGAAAUCAAGAAUAAAUAUCUUUUAGUUUAAUUAUAUUUAUUCGUUUGUAAUCAAAUAGUUUAAAUAUUAAAUGACUAUUCUCGUGAUUUUAAAUUGGAUAUAUACGAGUUUGUUAAAAAAAAAGAAAAAGAAAAAAGAAAACUAGUUUAUACGUUUACUAAUCAAAUCAAUGACUAAACAACACGAUGUUGAAAGAAGAAUCGUUCGUUACUGUGUUAGAGAGAAAAAAAGAAAAAAAAUUCGAAUAAUCUCGUAAAAACGUUCCUUUGUUUCCAUUAUUACCGGAGACCGUAGAACUUACCGGUCACUGACCAGGUAGAGCAAUACGCUUGCUUGGCUAUUUUAGAUUCCAUUCCCAAAGUACGUAUGUUGGCAGCCGACUCUAAAUAGUGACUUUAAACACACAAAAUAAAAUCAAUUCUUACACUCUCGGAGACUCGUCUUGUCGCCAACUAUUCCUAACUGUACGACGAGUAGCUUCCGUAAAAUUUAACUCUUGCUAUUAAUCUAAUAAUUCAUAUACGUUAAUCAUAAAUCUUAUAUAAUACAGAAAAUAAAAAUGUAUACACAUUGUGUUCGUGUGUGUAUACAUUUACGAAUUAAAUGAAAUUAAUCAAACGUAAAAUAUAUAUUUGAAUAAAAGAAAAAGAAACGGUAAAUAAAAUUGGAUCUCGUUAAUUUUAUUCCAAGGAACAUCAGGGAUGCAUCAUAUUGUGUGGGGAUGAAUACAGCCGAUGAUGUCAUCACAGUGGACAGAUGAUAUCAAGGAUGAAAUAAUUUUUAUUUAUCAUAUCGAGAGGGAGAAAGAAAAUAAAAUUGAUAAAACUAAAUGAUAAUGGAGAAGAGUGUGAAGGAGUGGGGGGAAGGAUUCACGGACUAAGGAGAAUGGCAAAACAAUGUUUUUCUUUCUUUAUUCGUUCACAGGAGAAUCGUCGUCUAUUGCUGAUGUUGCUGUUGGUGGUGCACAUCGACCUGUCUUACCACUCUCGAUGAUGCCAAGAAACUGAAUCGGAAACUCGAGCAGUUGCGAAGGUGCACGAAUAAGAAAGUAAGGCGGGCUAAUUGUAAGUAUAGUGGUGUACGGUUUGCGCAUCAGCUGUGCGUUCGUUUAUUACUUUGGUUCAGUCUCACGGAAACAUCCGAACGCGUGAUACGUGGUUUUACGAGUAACGACGGCGGACGAGGACAAUAUCUUGCCGAUAUCCAUGGGUUACCGGUUAUUAUAUUAUUCAUUGAACAAAAACUUGGAUUGAGAAUUAAAACAGAAAAAUAAACAAAGAUGGAAUUACAUAGCAGUCCGGGCGUAACGUCAUCGAAAAAAAUUUCCGUUCAUGGUGAUGAGACAGCAUUCAAGGAAUCUCUUGGAAAUGGCGGUACUUACGGAGCAUUCCAAUCAAAGGAUCCGAUUUUAUCUAUAGAAAAAGGUGGAGAAAUGAUACAUGGACCUGACGAACAUGGAAUGACUGUAGAUCAUCCUACUUCGUAUAUUGAGACCAUGAUGCACCUGUUCAAGGGUAACGUCGGUUCCGGUAUUUUUGCAUUAGGCGACGCUUUUAAACAUGCAGGAUUAUUAUUGGCACCACCAUUAACCAUCUUCCUCGGUGUCAUUUGCGUCCACGCUCAACACAUUCUUGUACAAUGUAACGAAGAAGUUAAACGUCGUAUAGGUGAUUCAACUAUUCAGCCUAGUUUUGCUGGUACUGUUGAAUUAUGUUUCGCUACGGGACCAUUAGCUCUUAGAAAAUAUUCCGUUUUUAUGAGAAAAAUGGUUAAUUUAUUUUUAUGCGUAACACAACUCGGAUUCUGCUGCGUUUAUUUCGUUUUUAUAUCGACCAAUAUGCAACAGGUAUUGGAUGCCCACAAUGUUAAAAUGAGCGUUCACCAACACAUGGCAAUAGUUUUGAUACCAAUUGUACUCAGCACAUGGAUUAGAAAUUUGAAAUAUUUGGUACCUAUUACAUCCAUAGCCAAUUUCUUGGUAACAGCUGGUUAUAUUGCAACAAUUUAUAUUAUGAGUCAAGAUUUACCAGCAAUUUCUGAGAGAAGGUAUGUCGCCGAUUGGCAUGAGUUGCCACUAUUCUUCGGCACUGUUAUAUAUUCCUUCGAAGGUAUCACUUUGGUGUUACCAUUGAAAAACGAAAUGAAGAAACCAAGUAAUUUCAACAAACCAUUGGGAGUUUUGAACGUAGGUAUGGUCAUCGUGGCUUUUAUGUUCGUAGCAAUGGGUUUUUUAUCUUAUUUAAAAUAUGGUGACGAUGUACGUGGUUCAGUCACGUUAAAUCUCGAAUUAAAUGAGGUAGUGGACGGGAAAAAGAUCUACUCGCAGGCAAGCUUACCUCAGUGCAUCAAGAUUGCUAUUUCUUUGAGCAUUUUGUUGACCUACGCAUUACAAUUUUACGUACCAAUUGCUAUCAUUUGGCCUGGUAUUGUUGAACAAUUUGGACCAUUUAAAUGGCCAGUAGUAGCAGAAAUUGUUUUUCGAUCUGCUGUAUGUUUUGUUACUUUUGUAUUGGCCGAGGCAAUACCAGAACUGGGUUUGUUCAUAUCAUUGGUUGGUGCAGUUAGUAGUACAGCACUGGCAUUACUAUUUCCACCAAUCAUCGAAUUGGUAGUAUGUUGGCAAAAUGUUAAUUUAAGUCCCUUCACGAUUAUUAAAGACGUGACGAUAGUGCUGAUUGGUUUAUUAGGAUUUGCUACAGGAACAUACGAAAGUAUAACGUCGAUCAUUAAAGCAUUCAAUAAAUAAGAAUCCCCCCACCACCACCACAACCACCACUACCACUACUACCAUCCCCCACCACUUCUUCACGAUAUAUUGUACAAAUUUAUUUCUUAGUUAGAUUAUUAUUAUUAUUACUAUUAUUACUAUUAUUAUU